AUGUCCGUUUUGCUACGGCAGGAUUGCAUUGUCGAGGUAUCAAAGAGAACUGCUGUUAGCCAUCCAGUAGCCAAUAUCGAUAUCGGAGCCGUUACGCGGCGCCGUGCCAAUAACGACGAAGAAGAUGAAUAUGAAGAGGUUGGCCCUUCAUAUUUACCCCCAGCAGCCAGAAGAGAAGGAGCCCCUGCAUUUGUCAGAGUGUCCCUGAAAACCUUCGGGGUGACGGGUAUGAUAGUAGACUCGGAGUCUCGUCUCCUUCCCGAGAAGAUCUUCAGAUACGACGCCUUACUCGAGAAUCUGCUCUGCCGAGCCAUCAACCAGUAUGAUAGUUUGAAACAAACAGGUUCACAAUGUGGAAUAGACGAAUGA